GUAAGCCAGAGGGACUGUACUUAGUUCUCAUGGAGCGACUGUCCUUAAUCAGCAAACCUGUUCGACAGAAUCAUCCUGAAAAGGAGAGCAAGGAGAAUGGUGAGAUUCAGGAUGGGAAACUACAGGUGGAGCAGAGAACCACAAAAGAGGACCACAAAGUGAUGGCAGGCGAAGCUUUGGACAAGAGGAACAUCUGGGAGCCAAGUCUUUACUACGCAUUGGGAAAGGAGUCCUUUUUUUUCGCUGGUCAUGACAUCAGCAUCCGGGAGUCUAUGGAUACUUAUGGCGCUCUGAUCUGGCCUGGGGCCAUAGCUUUGUGCCAGUUCUUGGAGAACAACCAGCAGCAAGUGAACCUGAUGGAUAAGGCCGUGCUGGAGAUUGGAGCAGGGACUGGCUUGCUCUCAAUAGUGGCAAGUCUACUUGGUGCCCAGGUGACAGCUACUGACCUGCCAGACAUCUUGUCUAAUCUGACCUUUAACCUUCUGCGAAACACCAAGGGCCGUGCCCGCCACACCCCUCAAGUGGCUGCCCUCACCUGGGGUCAGGACCUGGAACAAGACUUCCCCUACCCGUCCUACCAGUAUGACUAUGUGUUUGCAGCAGAUGUGGUCUAUCACCACAACUGCCUUGAGGAACUGCUGAAAACUAUGUGCUACUUUUGCCGACCAGGAAGUCGAACAACGCUGCUGUGGGCCAACAAAGUUCGGUUCCAGUCCGACCUGAACUUCACAGAGUGCUUCAAGAGCAGCUUUAAUGCCACACUGCUCUUUGAGCUCCCACAGCAGGAGGUGAGGAUAUACAGCGGCACAGCAAAGGAAUGACACAGGAGUUUCAGGAGGGGGAGCUUCCUAAGAAGUUGAUGGUUUUGUGAUGAUCUUUAUCACUAAAAAAAUCUAUUUUUAAAUCAA